UGGCAGCGCGCAUGGGCCGUGGCUGCGGUGACCGGAGAGAACGCGCGCGAGUUGUGGAGAAGCUUUUGGCGCCAGAGCGGGAGUGAGAGCGGCUGCUGAAAUAUCAAAUCUGUUUGGAGGCCGGAGAGAUGGCGGCUAGACUGUCCGAGGGGGCUAUUGCGUCGAUAGUUCAAGGUGGAACUCCUUCACAGCCACUUUUACAAGUUAUUAGUAUUCGACGAAUUACAAAUGGGCCCCCAAGGUAUCGCGUACUAAUGAGUGAUGGAAUCCAUACACUGUCAUCUUUCCUCCUCGCAACUCAACUGAACUACAUGGGAGAUGAGGGCCUUAUUGCAGUAAACUGCGUCUGCCAAAUCAACCGAUUCAUCUGUAACACAAUGAAGGAUGGAAGACGUGCAGUGGUGAUUGUUGACUUGAAAGUUGUUAGAACAGCCGAUCAAGUGAAUGGAAAGAUCGGUAAUCCAACGCCUAUCAAUGAAGGUCAAACACAGCCGUUGGCUGCUGUUGCCAACCAAUCAACAACCAAAUCAGUGCAGAAUGACUCCACAUUGGGUACUGCUUCAGUUCACAGUAUUCCUGCCAAAGUUGAGAACCAGCUGCCUAGUAGACCUGGAAGUUUCAGAAGUCAACCAAAUAGCAUUGCAGGAACACAGGCAAAAGUGGUUCCUAUCGCCAGCCUGAACCCCUACCAAUCUAAGUGGACAAUCCGGGCUCGUGUUACCAAUAAAAGUCAGAUUAGAACGUGGAGCAACUCCCGUGGAGAAGGGAAACUAUUUUCUAUGGAGCUGCUGGAUGAAAGUGGUGAAAUUAGAGCCACGGUUUUCACUGAUCAAGUGGACAGGUUUUUUCCGAUCAUUGAAGUAAAUAAGGUAUAUUUGGUAUCAAAAGGAACAUUGAAGACUGCUAACAAACAGUACACAUCCGUGAAGAAUGAUUAUGAGAUGACAUUUAACAAUGAAACUUCCGUGAUCCCGUGUGAUGAUGCAGAUGACUUGCCCACAGUACAAUUUGAGUUUGUACCAAUUAAUCAGCUUGAAAACAUGAACAAAGAUACGAUGCUUGAUGUAAUUGGAAUCUGCAAGUCAUUUGAAGACGUCAGUAAGAUAACAGUGAGGUCAAAUAAUCGCGAGGUAUCCAAGAGAAAUGUCUACCUAAUGGACAUGUCUGGGAAAGUUGUCAGUGCUACACUGUGGGGAGAAUAUGCGGAGAAGUUUGAUGGAUCAGAACAACCAGUGAUAGCUGUUAAAGGAGCCCGCCUUUCAGAUUUCGGAGGCAGAUCUCUGUCUAUCUUGAGCUCCAGCACCACCUUGAUUAACCCUGACAUUCCAGAGGCAUUCAAACUGAGAGCAUGGUUUGAUUCUGAGGGCCGGGUGAUGGAAGGGACAUCUAUUUCUGAUGUAAAGGGUGGUUCUAUGGGAGGAAACGCAAACUGGAAAGUGAUGCUUGAAGUUAAAAAUGAAAAUUUGGGUCAUGGAGAUAAGCCUGAUUAUUACACAACUGUAGGUACCAUUGUGUACCUAAGGAAGGAAAACUGCAUGUACCAGGCAUGCCCGACUGCAGAUUGCAAUAAAAAGGUUGUGGAUCAACAGAACGGCCUUUACAGGUGUGAGAAGUGUGAUCGUGAGUUCCCCAACUUCAAAUAUCGAAUGAUCUUAUCAGUAAAUCUCGCAGAUUUUGGAGAAAAUCAAUGGGUAACAUGUUUCCAGGAAACAGGAGAGGUAAUUCUUGGUCAGAAUGCCAAUUAUCUCGGAGAGUUGAAGGACAAGAAUGAACAAGCCUUUGAAGAAAUUUUCCAGAGUGCAAACUUCCAGACCUACAUCUGCAGAAUCCGUGUCAAACUUGAAACCUACAAUGAUGAAUCUCGCAUCAAAGCGACAAUGAUGGAUGUGAAACCAGUGGACCAUAAGGAGUACAGCAAGAGGCUGAUAAUGAAUAUUAGGAAACAUGCAGCUACAUAAGCUUACUGAAUGCUGAGUAGAUGUGAAGAAUGAGCGCCAGUGGAAACCGGGGUGCUUCAGAUAUUCAAUUAAAUAUACUUUCUUUCGUGCUUUGAAAAUGGAAGACUAUUUUAAUUUGGGAUCGGUUGCAGAAUUCUGCGUUUCCAGAAUGACAGUAGAAUUGCUAGCCGUGUGAUUUAUAGAACUAGAGGUGCCGAAUUCUGAUCAACUUGUGCUAAAUGACGAGACGGAAUUUGCAUCUGUGUAAAUAGGCUUUCCUACCGUGGUAUAGUUAACCUAUGCAGGAUAGACAAUAAAGCCAUCGAUCCCCCCCCACACUCACAUCCUUCCACUUUCAUACUUGCACAACUUAUUUCAGUUCAACUCUGUAAUAAACAUUGAUGAUAAACUUAA